AUGGCUGCUCACAUAAAACCGCUAAUUCUGCAUGCCCAUUCCACCGGCCCGAAUCCUGUCAAGAUCGCGAUCGCGUUGGAAUCUCUCCAUGUUCCUUAUAAAAUAAAAUUAUGGGAUUUUAGCGACAAUUCCGACACUGGUGUAAAAGGUGCGACAUUCUUAAAUAUUAAUGAGAAUGGACGUGUUCCUGCCCUUGAAGACCCUAAUACAGGAGUUAUCUGUUGGGAAUCCGGCGCCUGCAUGAACUAUAUUCGUCGAGUCUACGACAUGGGAAAUAUGAUCGGACCCUCUGGCGACUCCGCACAAGACCUGGUGGACUUUGAAAAAUGGGAGUAUUUCCUCCUGAGUACUCUGGGGCCCAUGACUGGUCAGACAAAUUGGUUUAGACACUUUCAUCACCAAAAGAACCAAGACGCGUUAGAAAGGUACACGGCCCAAACAUACCGAUGCUAUGAUGUUUUAGAGGGGCAGUUGAAAAAAUCAGGAGGAACAAGUAUUCUCCCUGGUCGGAUUACGGCUGUCGACUACCAUUUCGAGCCAUGGGUAAGACAGCAUUCCUUCGCCGGUCUUCCUUUGGAAGAUUAUCCUUUAGUCACAAAAUGGCUUGGUCUCAUGGAAACUCGAGAGGAAGUUCGAGAGGCGUAUUUCAGAAUUGGCGCAGCGGCCAAGAAAUAG